UUACAUAGUGUACAAUAUACAGUACUCGAUACGUAGUGUACAAUAUACGGUACUCAAUACGUAGUGUACGAUAUACGGUACUCGAUACGUAGUGUACGAUAUACGACACACACUUCGAUACGUAGUGUACGAUAUACGGUACUCGAUACGCAUUGUACGAUAUACGGUACUAGAUACGUAGUGUACGAUAUACGACACACACCUCGAUACAUAGUGUACAAUAUACGACACAGACUUCGAUACGUAUUGUACGAUACUCGAUACGUAGUGUACGAUAUAUGACACACACUUUGAUACAUAUUGUACGAUACUCGAUACGUAGUGUACGAUAUACAACACACACCUUGAUAUGUAGUGUACGAUAUACGACACACACUUUGAUACUUAUUGUACGAUACACGAUACUCGAUACGUAGUGUACGAUAUACAACACACACCUCAAUAUGUAGUGUACGAUAUAUGGUACUCGAUACGUAGUGUACGAUAUACAACACGCACCUCGAUACGUAGUAUACGAUAUACGACACACACCUCGAUACGUAGUGUACGAUUUAUACGACACACACCUCGAUACGUAGUGUACGAUAUACGACACACACCUCGAUACUUAUUGUACGAUAUACGACACACACCUCGAUACUUAUUGUACGAUAUACGACACACACCUCGAUACUUAGUGUACGAUAUACGGUACUCGAUACGUAGUGCACGAUAUACGACACACACCUCGAUACAUAGUGUACGAUAUAUGACGCACACCUCAUUACGUAGUGUACGAUAUACAGUACUCAAUACGUAGUGUACGAUAUACAGUACUCGAUACGUAGUGUACGAUAUACGGUACUCGAUACGUAGUGUACGAUAUACGACACACACCUCGAUACGUAGUGUACGAUAUACGGUACUCGAUACGUAGUGUACGAUAUACGACACAUCUCGAUACGUAGUGUACGAUAUACGGUACUCGAUACGUAGUGUACGAUAUGACACACACUUCGAUACAUAUUGUACGAUACUCGAUACGUAGUGUACGAUAUACAACACACACCUUGAUAUGUAGUGUACGAUAUACGACACACACUUUGAUACUUAUUGUACGAUACACGAUACUCGAUACGUAGUGUACGAUAUACAACACACACCUCGAUACGUAGUGUACGAUAUAUGCUACACACCUUGCUGUGUAGUGUAUGUAUGAGCUCUGAGUAAAUGAACAGGACCAGUGCCCAUGGCCACUGUCCAAGAAUGUAGUGGAAACUCUUCCCAGAAGAGUGGAGCUUACAGUAACAGGAGAAUAAACAGACUGGCAAUUCAGUGUGAGUGUGAUGCUCGGGGGUCCACAUACUUUUGGCCUUUAGAGCAGUGUAUAUGAUACGAUACACAUCUCUAUACAUAGUACAUGAUACAAUACGACUGAGAAAAUGGCGUUUGUAGCUUCUGCGGCUCUCAGUCGCGUGCGUUUGUGGAAAAUGAAGAGCUUCCUAAAUCCAAGUGAAACUGCAGCAGUGUGAGGAUUUACACACGGACACUGGGCUUACCAUGCUAAACUAGCGGCCGUUAGCCUUUUCAGCAAUGUGGACUUAAAUUUAGGACACUGAUCUAAAUUCACAUAGCAGAUGUUUUUUGUGAGAGUUGUAGAGAUUUUUUUUUUGUCUGAAUAAAUUACGAGAAGUUUUAAACCAGUUUGUUGUGUAUGCUGCUCAUCUGGAUAAAUAAGAUCAUGUUUCAGAAGCCACCUGCUAUCUGCUGAAUGACGCGGCUGUCUGUGCUUUUGUUUUUGUGUUAAUGACCACGUUUCUAAAGCGGAAGCACAUUUUUUUCUUUGUUUUUGUUUUUUUUAAGACUUUGAUUAGCUCCCAGAUCUUACUGCACUUCUCCAAAUGUCCUUGGUGUUUGGGACGAGAGAAAGAGAGAAGACGCAGAUUUACGAGUUUAUGGAGAGUGUUUCCUGUCUCAGCUGUGAUCUCUAUCUCUCUCUCUCUCUCUCCUGGGGGCCGGCUUCGGCCUGACAGAUCAGCGGCAGCUGACAGAAGGCUGUUUGGAUCUCUGGGGUUGGUGGUAGGGUGUGUUUAAGAGGGACAGGAAGUCUGUGCCAUUUUUGAGGCACGUGAUCAAGGCCAUCCUACCGUCCCCUCGGCUUUCCUGAGUGCCAGGCGUCCUUAUCCAAUCACGCUUGGAAUGCUGCUUGUCACUCCUGGUUAUUUCUGCUGCUUGUCACCAGCGAGGUGCAGCUCUAACAGUUUGCCAAAUGGUAGUGGGCUGAUAUUUUUUUCCCCCACUCUAUAUCCCACCCCUCUUCCUUACACACACUCACACACACACACACACACACACACUCUCAGUCUCAUUGGGAGUUUGUGGUCUGAACUUUGCAGAUCUCUGGCAGUGGUUCUCUUGUUACUAUGUGCUUCUGCUUUUUCUCUCUCCCAACAAGCGAGGGAAGGCAGAAAGUAGAAAGGGGGAAAAGUGUGUGUGUGGGUGAGAGAGAGAGCGAGCACAGAGAGACGAUCGGACACGUUUAAAGGGUGGGCAGGAGACGGAGUCGACUGGAACCAGACGGAGACACAAGAAUGUCUCACCGGCUGCGCCUCUACUUUGGGUCCAACCGCAGCAACACAGCUCCAGAGUUUCAGGAACUUGAGUUUGAGGACGAAGACCAGAACACGCACGAUAAUGCCACCGGCGCGGGAGCCAUGCUUUUCCGAAUGCGUCCACAGAACCCAUUGCUUGAAGAAGACUCUCCUGUUUCAGAUGCUUUUUUGAAACGAAGCUCCUCAAUGUUUAUCCCACAGCUCCAGGGUCAAGCUGAACCACCAAGAACCACCAAGAGCUCUUCCAUGCAGAUCUCCCUCCAGCGCUCCUCUACACCCCAGGAAGAUGUACAGUCUAUGGAUUCACCACCAGGAUAUCCCCAGGAUCCAGCUCCGGCUUACACUGAGCCUGCCGAGAGCUGGUUAUCUUCUCAAUCUGCAUCUUACUACAGAAGAGAAUGUCCAACUUCUCCGUUUAUGGAUCAGACUAAUUCUGGAGUGGAUGCUGCCCAGCCCAAAAGGCGAGUUUUUUGCGUCAGGCCUUACAAGUUGACGAACGGUUACUCUUCUUUGGGAAUUGGCAAUGAAAGCUCUCCAGGAAUCAGCAUCGGUGGGUUUUGUAUCCAGCAAAGUGCCACCAACGGAUCUGAUGCCCAGCAGUUCAGGAUAGUUCCCCACAGCCAGGAUGGGCAAAAUGGUGCCUGCCGCUGGUCCGUUCAACCGACCACAGAUCGAAAUUCUGGCACUCAAAGAUUUGUCUUCCAGCUUCAACAGGACAGGGGAAGGAUCGUGACUACAAACGGUCAGAGAGAGGUGACCCAUCUCGGGUGUAAAGGUGGCCGUGCGGAACGAUACCCUCGAAUCCGACUCGAGAGGAGCACCUCUCAGCCCCUGCAACCCAGACAAGUUCCAUCACGACCCGGAUCUAUGCCGAACCUUCAUGCCUCCAUCUCUGAGUGCGAAGCGGAUGAGGACGGAGCUCAAAGCCGCACCUUUAAAAUAAGGAAAGAACAGGAUCCCAGGCAGGCCAAGUUCAAAAUAUAUUUCAGCCAAGGAAGUAACCACCGGUCUAACUCCACACAGGAUGUUAGCUUUGGACAAGGACCUACCUGGAGCUGCCCGAAGGCUCAGUCUGGUUAUGAUCGACACAAGAACGGCCUUUUACACUUCGGACAGACUAGAGAUGACUUCCUGGGACAGGUGGAUGUGCCUCUGAAUUACUUGCCGACAGAAGACCCGGCGAUGGAGCGGCCAUACACCUUUAAAGACUUCCUUCUCAGGCCAAGAAGUCACAAGUCAAGGGUGAAAGGUUACCUGAGGCUGAAGAUGGCAUACCUGCCAAAGAACGGAGCUCAGGAGGAGGAGAGUGGGGAGAUGAGGGAGGAGGCUGAGGGUUGGGAGGUGGAGUCGGUGGAUCACGGUGGUUCACGUCGUUCUCAGCAGCUCCUUCCUCCGUUGCCGGCAGGUUGGGAGGAGAAAGUCGAUAAUCUUGGCCGGACGUAUUAUGUUAAUCACAACAACCGGACCACACAAUGGAAAAGACCCAGCACAGUUGACGUGGUAUCAGAGACGGAAAGCGAUAAUCACCUGCAUCAGAUCAACCAGGAAGCUCACCGUGUGUUUCGCUCCAGACGUCAUAUCAGUGAGGACCUGGAGAACGAGCACCUCGACGCCCGGGAGCUGGACGAUUCCUGGGACCCUAUCACAGAAGAGGAUUUCUCGGGGAUGAGUGAGGCCGUGGCUGGCCCCGCCUCCUCUGCCACGCCCAUUCAUCAGUUCAGCACUCCAGAGUUCUCAGAGGAGAUCAGCAUGAGGCUGUCGCUCACUCCUAACGCCAAUGGAGAAAUGGGCGGAGCUAACAACACCGGGUCUCUCCUGUCCUCCAGGUUGCGUUCUUCCAGCAUGACUGAUGGAGUGAGUGAUCAGGCUCAGACUCCUUCACCUAUGCAGACGUCGCAGUCCAGACGAACCCGAGCCCAAACGGUCACAGGCGUAGAGCAGCCCAUGUCCCUGCCAUCAGGUUGGGAGGAGAGAAAAGACGCUAAGGGCCGAACGUAUUACGUCAAUCACAACAACCGCAGCACGACGUGGACACGCCCAAUUCUCCAGCACACUGAGGAUGGAGUCAGUUCUCCUGCAGGAGCUGUAGGAGGCGCUGUAGCUACCACACCUUCGUCCAGCGGUCAUCUUAGUGAACCCCAAAUGCGCCGACCUCGUAGCCUUAGUUCCCCCACCGUCACCCUGUCCACUCCUCCAGAGGGAGCCAAUAGUGUGCCACUUCCUCGUGUGGUGAAGGACACGCUGUCGAACCCGCAGUCGCCUCAGCCUUCGCCCUACAGCUCACCCAAAUCUCAACACAAGGUCACUCAGAGCUUCCUGCCCCCGGGGUGGGAGAUGAGGAUUGCCCCCAACGGACGGCCGUUCUUCAUCGACCAUAACAGCAGGACGACCACAUGGGAAGAUCCCCGUUUAAAGUACCCUGUUCACAUGAGGGCUAAAGCAACACUGGACCCAGGUGACCUCGGCCCACUUCCUCCGGGAUGGGAGGAGCGAGUCCAUGCAGAUGGCAGAACGUUUUAUAUUGACCACAACACCAAGAACACACAGUGGGAGGACCCUCGACUACAGAGUCCAGCUAUCACAGGACCGGCCGUACCAUACUCGAGAGAGUUUAAACAGAAGUAUGAUUAUUUCAGGAAGAAGUUAAAGAAGCCGACGGACAUUCCUAACCGUUUUGAGAUGAAGCUGCACAGAGGCAGUAUAUUCGAGGAGUCCUACAGACGGAUCAUGUCUCUGAAGAAGCCGGACUUUCUGAAGUCCCGCCUCUGGAUCGAGUUCGAGUCGGAGAAGGGGCUGGACUAUGGGGGCGUGGCCAGGGAAUGGUUCUUCCUGAUCUCUAAAGAGAUGUUUAACCCUUAUUAUGGGCUGUUCGAGUACUCUGCUACAGAUAACUACACACUCCAGAUUAAUCCGAACUCAGGGUUGUGUAACGAGGAUCAUCUCUCCUACUUCAAGUUCAUCGGGCGAGUAGCGGGCAUGGCGGUCUACCACGGCAAGCUGCUGGACGGUUUCUUCAUCCGACCUUUUUAUAAGAUGAUGCUGGGAAAACCCAUCACACUGAACGACAUGGAGUCAGUGGACAGUGAAUACUACAACUCUCUGAAGUGGAUUUUGGAAAACGACCCGACGGAGCUGGACCUGCGCUUCUGCAUCGAUGAGGACAAUUUCGGGCAGACCUACCAAGUAGAUCUGAAGCCGAACGGCUCUGACAUGGUCGUCACCAAUGACAACAAGAAGGAAUAUAUUGAUUUGGUUAUUCAGUGGCGGUUUGUGAACAGAGUGCAGAAACAGAUGAAUGCCUUUAUGGAGGGAUUCACAGAACUGAUUCUCCUCGACUUAAUUAAGAUCUUCGAUGAGAACGAGUUGGAGUUGCUGAUGUGCGGUCUGGGUGACGUGGACGUCAACGACUGGAGACAACACACCGUCUAUAAAAACGGCUACUGUCCGAAUCACCCCGUCAUCCAGUGGUUCUGGAAGGCCGUGUUGUUGAUGGACGCUGAGAAGAGGAUUCGGCUGCUGCAGUUCGUCACGGGAACGUCGAGAGUUCCUAUGAAUGGCUUCGCUGAGCUCUAUGGUUCAAAUGGGCCACAGUUGUUUACCAUUGAGCAGUGGGGGACUCCAGACAAACUCCCCCGUGCACACACAUGUUUUAACCGGCUGGAUCUGCCAGCGUACGAGUCGUUCGAGGAUUUGAGAGAGAAGCUGCUGAUGGCUGUGGAGAACGCACAGGGCUUCGAGGGAGUCGACUAGAUACACACACACACACACACACACACGCAAAGAUUCAACCGAUCAGAUCAACACACAGUCAAAUCUGAGGCCUGGAGCCUUUUAUCAGUUGUAUGUGUGUGUGUGUGUGUGUGUUUACAUACUAAACUGAAACUUUACGCUACACUACAGCACAAUCCUUUAACUCUCUCUCUCUCUCUCUCUCUCUCUCUCCCUCUCCACCUUGGUCCCUCACUUUCUCGCUCUUUGUCUCUGGGGUGCUUUUAUUUUUGCUCUCUCCUUCAUCCCUCCACAUCUGUUGCCUCUCUUUAUUCUGUCUUUCUCAGACUCUCAGACAAUUUUCCAAUUCCCCCUCUCUCUUUUUCUGUCUCCCUCUCCCUCUCUCUCUCUCUCCUUCCACACCUAUUCACAAAGGAUUAUGGGUAGUGACGGUGCAGUAUUCGGUGAACCCAUAUCAGGUCUUAUAAACACCAGAUUACCUUAGACGAUGAAGAGCCACUCCUCCUUUUCUUCCUCACACCUCCUUUGCUCUUCUCCUCUUCCUCUCUGGGGAUUUUUUAAAAAAAAUCCUUCUUUUCUUUCUUUAUUUUUUUUUUCGAAACACAGAAGGAACAGUAAUUAUCAUUUUAGAUUUUUAUUAUCAGUUAUUAUCCGGAUGAUCUUAUCACGUCAGCCUUUGUUUCGAUGAUGUACGUGGUUUACAAUUUUAGGUUUAAAAAGAAAAAAUAAUAAAUGAAUGAAUAAAGGAAUAGAGGAGUAGUGCAUGGCAAGCCGGCCGAGCUGUACCGGGAUUCCGGCCCACUCCCUGAUCAGUGUGUUUUAGUGCUGAGAAAACUGGCAUGAACAUGCGUGUAUGUUGUGUUAUGGAUAUGAUUACGUAGUAAUUAACGCCGUGUUCCUGCGCCCCGGGACCGCCGGGGAAAAACCCAGACGCCGUGGAAACGUCGCUUCUCUUCACAAGUGUAUUAUUAAUAUUAAUAUUAUUACAAUUACUAUGCUGUUUGUACAUUUUUUUGAGGAUUGAGGAAGAAAAACAAACAAAAGUUUAACUGAGUCACUGUAUGUAUUAAAGCUUCUGUAAGUAUUAACAGCAUGAAUGAAGAAGAUGUGAAUGUUCUGACUGCUGCAGAUUUUUAGUACUUAAACUCCUCUUUCUGUCACUGUUUCCUUUUAUUUCUUUCCCACUUUUUAUUAUUUAUGUCCAUUCUAACAUCACUAAAAGCUGUAAGGGCACUUUAUCGGUCACUCGCGAGCCUCGUGAGUCAACGUUGUUGUUUUUUUUUUCGUUGUUUCUCUUUUAUUAAUAUUAACUUGAAUGUGACUUUGCUAUAAUAUCUAUGAUAACUUUUCUGUUUCGAGCACUCAGACGACAUGGUGCAAUACUCCCGUCUGCUUUCUGUCUGACCCUCGCCCCGGCCUGGCAACACCUGAUCCGGGGUCAGUUUUACCCCUCAGAGUCGUAAUUAUGUGGCUCAAAAAAAAAAACAACAAAAGGUUCAGUGUGGUUCUGAAUCAUUUUCUCUGAAUCGGAUUCCCUGAAUCAGUUUAUUCGACUCAGAUUCCCUGAAUCAUUUUCUCUGAAUUAGAUUCCCUGAAUCAAUUUUUCUGACUCUCAUUCCCUGAAUCAAUUUCUCGGAAUCAGAUUCCCUGACUCAGUUUCUCUGAAUCAGAUUCCCUGAAUCAAUUUCUCUGAAUUAGAUUCCCUGAAUCACUUUAUCUGAAUCUGAUUCUUUGAAUCAGAUUCCCUGAAUCAAUUUCUAUGAAAUAGAUUCUCUGAAUCAAUUUCUAUGAAUUAGAUUCUCUGAAUCAUGUUCCUUGAAUCAUUUUAUCUGAAUCUGGUUCUUUGAAUCAAAUUCCCUGAAUCAUUUUCUCUGAAUCUGGUUCUUUGAAUCAGAUUCCCUGAAUCAAUUUCUAUGAAUUCGUUUCCUUGAAUCAAUUUCUCUGAAUCAGAUUCCCUGAAUUAAUUUCUCUGAAUUAGAGUCUCUGAAUCACUUUGUUUAAAUCAGCUUCUUGGAAUCAGAUUCUCUGAAUCUCUUUCUGAGCCUUUAAUUUCUCUUACUCAGUUUCUGUACUUUCUCUUCUCUGCCACUCGCCGUGUGGCUCUGCUGAUUUCUGAUCUUCUCUGAUGUUAUUGUUCUCUUUCUUUUUUGCUCUCUCUCUUUUGUAGAGCCUGUUGUUUUUGUAUCGAUGGGGAAUGUUCACCCUUGCGAUUCGUAUAACUUGGUUCAAAUUAAACUGAGGAAUGAAACC